AUGGAAGGCCGCAGUCUUUCCAGGUAUGCCUUAACGCACCCCUUCGUUACACUUGCCGCCCUGUGCAUCAUCUUCGUGCUGGGGUGGAAAAUCAACGAGAACAUAAAAGCUCGGAAGUACAAGUUACCACCACGUGUGCCUGGUAUCCCGAUCUUUGGAAACACUUUUCAACUUCCGCCCCUGAAGCAAGGAGUAUGGGGGAUCGAAACUGCAAAGAAGUAUGGAGAAAUGUUUACCUGCAGUAUCGGGGGAAAGACGUGGGUGUUUCUCAAUUCGUCGAGAGUCGUGAACGACUUGAUGGAGAAGCGGUCAGGGAUAUACUCGUCCCGACAGUAUAUGCCCAUGGCGUCGGGCGUGUUGUCCGGAGACAACCGAGUCUUGCUCAUGCCGUACGGUGAGCGGUGGCGGACGCUUCGGAAAAUCAUGCACGCCAUCUUGAAUAAGACGAAUGCGCCCGUCUUUGCACCUUUUCAAGACGUGGAGUCGAAACACCUUCUUUACGACUUUCUUCACACUCCCGAGUUGUGGUUCUCGGCAACGCAGCGGUUUGCGAACUCGGUUAUCAUGAGCGUCGUAUUCGGGAAACGCAUGCAGCUGGAAGACCCAAAGAUCCGAGAGCUUUUUGAGACUUCCAAUGCUGUCGUUGAGGCCAUUCAGCCGUCGGCAAACCUGGUGGAUUCACUGACAUUCUUGGAACACCUUCCUAAACCUCUGCAGUGGUGGCGACCAAGGGGCGAGGCGAUGUUCGCGAAGACGGUGAAGGUCUAUCAACGCGAGGUGGAAGAUGUCGAGCGAAAGAUGAAGGAUGGGACAGCCAAAGACUGCUUUGCGACCCGAUUCUUGAAGUCUCCCGACACGAAAGACUAUGGACGCACGCAAACACUAUUCGCUCUGGGGUCUCUCAUGGAGGCGGGAAGCGACACAUCCCGUAUGACUGCGAGCCAGGUCAUCGCAGCCGCAGUGCUGGACAAGCGGUGGGUUGUGACGGCACAGCAGGCUCUAGACAAGGUCUGUGGCAGCAAUGCGGAGCGGUUACCAACGUUCGAUGAUCGAAAAGAUCUUCCGUACAUCACUGCGGCGGUCAAAGAAGCCUUUAGGUGGCGACCAUUUGCGGAGAUUGGUGUGCCGCAUGUUCUGAUCCAAGACGACGAGUACGAAGGGUACAAGUUCCCGGCUGGGACCUUGUUCACAUGGAACGCAACCGCCAUAGCUCUUGAUCCGAGAGAGUAUGAACAGCCUGAGAGAUUUUGGCCCGAACGGUUUCUGAACGAUGAUCUGGAUCACGUCCUAAAGGGGCAUUGGAGCUUUGGGCCUGGACGAAGGGUGUGCUCAGGGUAUAAUGUUGGAGAGUCGAAUGUGUGGAUCAUGCUUGCUCGACUACUCUACUGUUUCAACUUCGAAGAGGUUCCAGGCAAAUCGUUUAAUGAAUUCGAAGUAAAUUGGGGUGAGCAUCGUUGGGCUCCGUUUGAUGUGAAUAUUAAAGUGAGAAGUCCUCAACAUGCGGCUUUGAUUGAUCGCGAAGGGAGAAUUGCCGUAGACACAAAAUACUGA